UCUGAGAUCUGGAUCAUUUUUUCUCUUUUGGGUACCAUCCCAUAUGGAUUGUUGACUACCUAAAAGAAUUAAGAGAAACUCACAUCUAAUAAAUGGUUGUGGUUGAUGAUCAAAUGUUUUAGUAUUUGUUUUGUAAGAUACUUCUGCCUUAGUAAAAAUGGUAGAUGUUGAAUUGAGGGGAAGUGCCCACCGGAUUAAGAAGUGUGCCUGUGAUUUACUGUCAAUUGGCGGUGAUCUUGUGGAUGAUGAUGACUCAUGGGAUUUGAUGGGAAAUGAUCUACGCCUCAAAUCUACAUUCUUGUAUUGUGAUUUCAACAGGAUGAUUUCUAGUGCUCCAAGGGAUCAGAAGAAGCCUCUUACAGAACUUGCAAACAAAUUAUUUUGUUCCAUUGAAGAGUUAGAUCAUGCAGUAAAAAGUCGAAGUGUUCCCUUGACCCAAGAUCGAUACAAUGAGGCUGCAGUAAUCUUACAGGAAGUGAUGGCUCAGAUGCCUUGAGAAAUAUGAGCUUCAAGCCUUAUUGAUGAUUACAUUGAUCUCCCAAUGUCGUAGACACUGAUCAACUUGUACAUAUUUGCUUUGGUUGUAUACACACCAACAUCCUAAGACGUCUUUACUUUAGCUGUAAAUGGUUUUUAUUGACUGCAACCAUCAUAUUUUCAAAAUCAAAACGGGAUUACUGACCUAUUAUGGUUCAAUCAUAUAAGCUUGGUGUUUAGAGAUU